AUGCGCUUUCUCCGAUCCUCUCGAGCCCUCCCUCGACCAGGGACCCGGCGAAAAUCCGUCAUUGCUGCAUCAUUGCUGGGCCUCGUCCUCGUCCUCUUGUUCCUUCAGACCCGUAUGAACCGAUCGACGCCUGACGAACAGCCCGCCGUGACCAGCCCUCCCAUUCCCUCCCGACCGACCAGCCCUCUGCUGAAGAACCAGGCCUCGUUCUGGCGGGACCUAUACUUGAUCAUCUUGAACAAUGACCCUAAUUGCGACCGUCCUCCGGAGGCGGUGGUGCCUCAGCAAUUGGAUAUCGGCUUUGAUCCCUCCCACAACCACCAGCGACCCGACAUACUGUUCAUGGAAAACGCCGACAUCAAACGCAUGCGCGAGGCCCAUUCGAACUUUGUCAAUGACCUGAAAAGCACUCCUCCGAAAAUGCCCUACGAGGUGGACUCCAGAGGUAUUGUCAUGACGGCCGGAUACAAGCAGCUUCCUGUCCUGGUGAUUUCAAUACGCAUGCUGCGGAGGACUUGGUCGCUGUUACCAGUCGAGGUGUUUCUGGCCGACUCGUCCGAGUACGACGAGGAAAUCUGCAAUACCGUCUUGCCGACGUUGAACGCCAAAUGCCUUGUCUUCACUGACAUAUUUCGGGCAGCCGAAACCGGGGUAUCAAUCGAGCGGUUCCAAUAUAAAAUCAUGGCUAUCCUUUUUUCUUCUUUUGAAGAUGUUCUUCUCCUGGACUCGGACGCUUUCCCUGUCCGAGACCCUCUGCUGCUGUUCGAACAAGAGCCGUUCAACAAUACUGGACUGAUCGUCUGGCCGGAUUUCUGGUACGCAUCCGAAUCGCCGUACUAUUUCGAGAUCGCCAAGAUCAAGACCAUUCCACCUCUCAAUAUCCGACCCGCCGUCGAGUCGGGCGAACUCAUGUUUUCCAAGUCGAAACACCAUUCGUCUCUGAUGCUGGCUGCCUAUUACAACUACUAUGGCCCGGAAUAUUACUAUCCCCUGCUCUCCCAGGGAGCGCCCGGUCAAGGUGACAAGGAGACAUUCGCGUGGGCAGCCACCGCUCUGAACGAGCCCUUCUACGCCGUCAACAAACGCGUCAUGGCUCUUGGACGGGUCGACUCCUCCGGCCACUACCUCGGAAGCGCCAUGGCCCAGCAUGACCCUGUUGCCGACCUGGUCUUCACCAAAACUCACGGCCUUCCACACGAGAGAGUGAAAGAGGACGAGAGGAAGGCAGCAGCAGGAGAGACGCCAACCUCCGACAUCGAAAACCGUGAAGUCAAGCCGUUCUUCGUCCAUGCCAAUUUCCCCAAAUUCGACCCUUCCACCAUCUUUGACGAGCAAAUGCGUGACUUCUCGUCCCAGGUCAUAGGCUCUGGCGGCCCGACCCGUGACACCAACGGGACAUGGGUCCGAUGUUGGAUGGACGAGGCGCGCGCCGUUGAAGUGUUUGGGUUCGAUGUCGAGCGGAGAUUCUGGGAAGAAAUCAAAGGCGCCGCCUGUGAAUACGAGCACCAGUUCGGCUGCUGGAAAGGCAAAGACGGCAUCUGCGACAAGGUCAGACAUUACUGGCAGGAAGUCUACGAACCACGGCCGACAGGAGAACAAGGUCAAGGUCGGGGCGAGGAUCGGCCGCCCACCGAAUCUGCAUCACCAGGACCAGUACCUUGA